ACGGCGGCGACUCGGAGACGAAAAGGUCAAGGACGUCGUACACACGUCACCAGACCCUGGAGCUGGAGAAGGAGUUCCACUACAACAAGUACCUCACUAGAAGGAGGCGCAUCGAGAUCGCGCAUGCGCUCAACCUGACGGAGCGACAGAUCAAGAUCUGGUUCCAGAACCGGCGAAUGAAGUGGAAGAAGGACCACAAACUGUCGCACAUCGCCAAAAACAUGAACCUAGCCAAUGCCCUGGAGAAGGCGGCCGAGGAGCAACAGGCGAAGCUGAGUCAGAUGGUCAUGUGACCGAACCUAGAGACGUAGACAGAGGUCAUGCCCACCAUUUGAUGACGUCAUUUCGAUGUGUAGGAAGAUGACUUUGCUCGUUUUCCCCACGUUGGUACUGUGAGCCAGUGAAUUGGAACACUACUUUUCAUCCUGGGACAUUUUUUUUCUGAUUACGCACUCUCGCUGACGAUGACAAUAGUCGACAGAACGCGAAGCAUUUGUUACAGUAUAUUAUGUGAGAUGUAACCAAGGAAGUUUAUUCUGUAGAUGGUCGUAGGAAAAACGUAUCUUUGAUGAAGUCAUUUCGCAAAACAUGACACCCAAAGUUAUGACAUUUCCACAAGUCUUUUCUGCUCUGCUUUAAAAUACUGACCUCCUAAAUAGUCUUGUUUCUGUGGAACAACAGACGAAAGUGGUUUGAGAAGGGACCUCUCCUACUGGUAAUCUCUCCCUUAUAUCAAAUGACGUUAUGGAGAGCAGGAGCCUGGUAUAUCAGAGGUGUGAGUACAUUAUUUUGUCAUCCGAAACUCUCAUCUUAUUAGGCAGAGUAAGCUCUCGGAGAAACGACGUGGAAUGUUAGUAGUAUUGUUUUAAAAGCUCUUGUAAGAGUUUGACGAUUCUUACAAUACAUUUACAUGAUAUAGGUGCCGUAGAUUAGAGAUGUUACUAGAGAGUAUCAUACAAAGAAAAGAUGGAGGAGAGAUAAGGACGAUAGAUGUUUGAUGAGAAAGAAGGAGAAAGCCCCCACCAAAGCACAUGUCAACAAUCCACAUGGAUUGUUAAGUCUGUAAUUACGCAAAGGAAAUUGAAGUUUGUUGGUCCUUCGAAGACGCUGCCUUUGUAAAGGUAAACACUUGGCUUGGGUAGUAGAGACGCAUCCACUUUGCUCUGAGCACCUAGGUAGAGGGACAUACACUACUUUGCUCUACAACUUACAACUGUCAUCCGCUAUGGACAUUUUAGACACUGGAGCAACAGCCAAAACUCCUUCAUAUUAAGGUGAUAGAAAGGAGCUUAGCAGCCACCCCAAGACGUGUUUGAAGAUGAAAUGUUGGACUAUAUUAUGGAGAUUGCUUUGGAAGUGCUGGUUGAUUCAGUGUUCUGAACCUAUCACAGCUAUGAGACAGAGAUAAUUCAUUUCUCUGCCCAGGAGAGGUCUGUUUGACGUGUGUGAUCAAAAAUUACAAUUCGGAUACUUUGGGGAGUUUCUUCGGUCAUAUGAAAACAUUAUCACUUACGAAUGUGUGUAAGAGAAACAGGUCGUUGUCUUUUUUGUAGGGAUAGAUCUAUUGGUGUGUUUGUGGUGAAAUUUGGAAAUUCUUCUCUUUGCCCGUGAACGACGUGAGUUUGGUUCCUGGGUGGAACAUAAUGUGUUUUAUAAUUCUACAGAUCUCCGUCUUUCUGCAGGGAGGUGCAUUGUAGUUUCCCUCACGGUCCAGAUUAGCCAUGACAGUGUCACAGUGGAUGUGGCGGAUCAUGUAACUCUAAACCAGCUCUGGUCAAAGUUUUUUGUUCAGAAAGUAACCACUUUUGUCCCAUUCAACCCUAUCCGUACGCCGUGUUUUACUAUCGUAUGCAUAUGACGUAGGGAACUCUGUACCACCACUUUCUAAAGAGGAAAUUUACCCGUUAAUCCGGUCAGUAUGCUUUGUAUUGCAGUCUGCAAACAUUUUUAUUUGAGAAAUACUCAGUUUCAAAGAGAUCUUCGCACUAGAAGUAUUCUAAAAUGUGAAGAACGCAACUCCGGGGGUACAAAAUGACCCAAGGGCGUACGGAUAGGGUUAAGAGACUGACAUUUCACAUCACAGACCUGAAAUCAUUUCCAAGUGGGACAUCGAAUAACGCCUGUCUCUGCACGGGUGAUCCCCACUGGCCACAAGGACUGCCAAACAGUCAUCCCACUAGAGGGUACAAUUGCCCAGGCGAGAAAACUUCGGUCUAGCUUGGCUCGAUGGGGAUGUAAAAUAUCUGCACUCAAGAAGGUUUCCUCGAGACAGGACACAUCAAAUUUUGAUUAGACAACAGCAGAAAAGUGUGGUGACCAUUUGAGAAACUGAGGGAACAGCUAGCGUUGUGGCAAGUCAACAUUUUUUACUCAUGUCGUCUGUUUUUGGCUUUGUCCAACCAAUGAGUGAUGGUGUAAAAAAAAAAAAGUUGACCCCACCCUUGAGGAAAUUUUCAAACUCUUUUGGUAGUGGUUGUUCGUUUUCUCACCACAGAAGCCGGUCCGCAAUGAGACAUUCCAUGGGGCGGUGACCGCGAAAGCACGAAGCACGUUAUGUUUGUGGAAUAAUAAUAUGCCUGAUGAAGGAGAAUGAUGCAGAAAUAAUAGGAAGUGCCGACAGUGCAGGAAAAUAUCUUCCUUUAAGAUUUUCACUUUUUGUUUGACAGAAGUCAUCAUCAUCCAGUGUCAAAUCUGCGACAGACAUCGGCGAUCAUGGUUCUCCAUUCAUUCCUUUGCUCGGAUUCUCUUUAAAAAGCUACGUUUCCCUGAUCUUUUCCCCUUACCCAGAAGUACACAACAGUAAACGAUAAAGACUCUGGCUCACUGCUAGUCUGUGUUCGCAGUGACACGUUACUCACAGCUUUCUGAACUACUGACGUCAUACACUUCCCCUUACAACUUGGUGGACUACUGACGUCAUACACUUCCCCUUACAACUUGGUGGACUACUGACGUCAUACAUUUCCCCUUACAACUUGGUGGACUACUGACGUCAUACACUUCCCCUUACAACUUGGUGGACUAAACUGACGUCACACUCUUUCACGUACUACUUGGUUGACUAAACUGACGUCAUCUCAUCACGACAACAGCCACAGACUCCAGGCAACGACAGAAGUCACGAGAGACGGCAUGUGGACCAACAGUCUACAUGUCGCUCUUUCGCGUAAGGUAAAAAAAAAACCCAAAACAAAACAUAUUAUGAAUCUCCGCUUUGUUUUGUCUGAGCAUGUAUACAGGAGUAUUUCUUUGUGUCAGCGCUGCACCAGUUCACAUUUUCGGAGGGAUUGUUUUGUAUAAUAAUAUAUUUGUUCCAUUUCACACAACCACAUUUCUUCACUUAAAGAUGCCAAUCCUAUUUUCGAAGGAAAGGUUGAAAAGUCUUUAUUAAAAGGAUUUAUUUCAUUUGUAGUCAGAUUCUUACAGCACCAGUCACUGGCACCUUGUUUAUCUGUAAUUAACCCAGAAAGCAAACAUUUUAAGACAGCGGAAAAAA